AUGGCAGAGGUAUUUGGCGCCGUCACUGGAGCCAUCGGCGUCACGGCGCUAUUCAACAACUGCAUAGACUGUUUCGAUUAUGUGCAAAUUGCUCGGCACUUCGGCCAGGACUUUUCUCGGUAUCAGCUCAGACUCGAUGUGGCAAAAUGUCGACUGGCUAGAUGGGGCGCCACAGCCAAUAUCAACAACGACCCACAGCUGGUUAGUGAUGUAUUCGCUGAUCAAACGACUGAACUGGCCCAGGAUAUCCUUAAAGAAAUAGUAGCUAGGUUCGAAACGGCGCGCAAGAUCUCUCACCGCUAUGAGGCUCGGCUGGAUGAAGAAAACAGGGAGGUAUGCACAGAAAGGGACCUCAAUUCUGUCUCACAGACCCUGCAUAAUCGCUUCCGAGCACUCACCACCGGUCGAAAGAACCAGAUAGGACUGCUCAAGAAGACAGCAUGGGCACUGUACGAUAAAGAACACAUGGGAAGAAUGAUUGCAGAUAUCAUCACAUCGAUUAAGGAUUUGGAGGAUGUCUUUCCUGCCAACCCUCAAGCUGUAAACCAGUUAGUUGAGAUGGAGGUUGAGGAAAUUCACGAUGAGAGGGAGUUGGAACUGAUCCAGGAAGCUGCUGAAGGGGUGGAUCCUGCAUUGGAGGAUGUGAGUAGACGCAAGCUGCAAGAGGUGACUGGUAGGAACUCGGCUGGUCGUAUUAGUGGAAAAGGACACGUGAAUGUUGGCCACACCUAUUUGGAUGCUUCUUUCAGUGGUUUUCGAGAUGAUAGAGUUAACCAUGUUGAUGAGGUGAAUGGUGAGGAGACCUCACGUGUUAAUAUUGGAAAUACUUAUGGAGGGAGAGGAUUCUGGGGCUAG